AUGAGUUACGAUAAAAAAUUAGUUUCAAAAAAUGUGUUAAACGAUCAAAAACUUUCUUGUAAUGAUAAUCGUGAAUUAAGUGAAACGCUUGCUCAAAUUUCUGAUGCUACAAAUUGUAAGGUAGAAAAGGAUAAGUGGGCCGAUGACGACUCCUUUAGUAAUUAUAAUAAAUUAGAUAGAAACGAAAUUAAUUUCUCAUUGGAAUCAUUUAAUAAAAAUUUCAAUUUUCAAAAAGGUUUUGAAUGUGAGGGUUCAACCACUUCGUUUAGAAAAAGAAUUCGAGAUUCUCCAACGGAAUCUUUUAACAGAUCAAAAUUAAGAAAUAAUUAUUGCUCCAAGAGAAAAAAAAGGCAUAAUUCUAUUGAAACUGAUCCAUUAGUUUUAGCUAGGAGACAAAAACAGAUUGAUUAUGGAAAAAAUACAUUAGGUUAUGACAGAUAUAUCAAAUCUGUACCAAGAGAAGAAAGGAAAAAUUACCAUCCGAAAACUCCACCCAAACAUAAUAAAUAUAGUAGAAGGGCUUGGGAUGGUUUAAUUAAAGUUUGGAGGCAACAAUUACAUUGUUGGGAUGAAUUAACUGAUACCAAAUCUGAAAAAACUUCAAGUCCUGAUCAUUUAAAACUUUCUGACGAAAUGUCAGAUUUUGAAGAUUGA